AUGGCCCCUUCAGCCUGGGCUGUCUGCUGCCUCCUGGGGGGCCUCCUCCUCCGGGGGGGCAGUCCCAGCCCAGGCCCCAGCGUGCCCCGCCUGCGGCUCUCCUUCCGAGACCUCCUGUCUGCCAACCGCUCUGCCAUCUUUCUGGGCCCCCGGGGCUCCCUGGACCUUCGGGCCCUGUACCUAGACGAGUACCGGGACCGCCUGUUUCUGGGGGGCCGUGAUGCCAUCUACUCUCUGAGGUUGGACCAGACAUGGCCGGAUCCCCGGGAGGUCCUGUGGCCACCGCAGCCUGGACAGAGAGAGGAGUGCGUUCGCAAGGGAAGAGAUCCUUUGGUGGAGUGCGCCAACUUUAUACGGGUGCUGCACCCCCACAACCGGACCCACCUGCUGGCGUGUGGCACUGGCGCCUUCCAGCCCACCUGUGCCCUCCUUGCUGUUGGGCAUCGUGGAGAGCAUGUGCUCCAUCUGGAGCCCCGAAGCGUGGAAAGUGGGAGGGGGAGAUGCCCACACGAGCCCAGCCGCCCCUUUGCCAGCACCUUUGUAGGAGGGGAGCUGUACACAGGCCUCAACGCCGAUUUCCUGGGGCAUGAGGCCAUGAUCUUCCGGACUGGGGGUCCCCGACCAGCCUUGCGUUCUGACUCUGACCAGAACCUCCUGCAUGACCCCAGGUUUGUGUUGGCCGCCCGGAUCCCUGACAACUCCGACCCGGAUGAUGACAAAGUGUACUUCUUCUUCUCGGAGACGGUCCCCUCGCCUGACGGAGGCCCGGGCCGUGUCACCGUCAGCCGAGUGGGCCGCGUCUGCGUGAAUGAUGCGGGUGGCCAGCGGGUGCUGGUGAACAAAUGGAGCACCUUCCUCAAGGCCAGGCUGCUCUGCUCCGUGCCUGGCCCUGGCGGUGCCGAGACCCACUUCGACCAGCUGGAGGACGUGUUCCUGCUGUGGCCCAACUCAGGGAAGAGCCUGGAGGUGUACGCUCUCUUCAGCGCCGUCAGUGCUGUGUUCCAGGGCUAUGCCGUCUGUGUGUACCACAUGGCUGAUAUCUGGGAGGUCUUCAAGGGGCCCUUUGCCCACCAAGAUGGUCCCCAGCACCAGUGGGGGCCCUAUGGGGGCAAGGUGCCCUUUCCACGUCCUGGCAUGUGCCCCAGCAAGAUGACUGCACAGCCAGGACGACCCUUUGGCAGCACCAAGGACUACCCGGAUGACGUGCUGCAGUUUGCCCGAGCCCACCCACUCAUGUUCCGGCCCGUGCGUCCCCGGCGGGGUCGCCCUGUCCUUGUCAAAACCCACCUGGCCCAGCAGCUACGUCAGAUCGUGGUGGACCGUGUGGAGGCAGAGGAUGGGACCUAUGACGUCAUGUUUCUGGGGACUGACUCAGGGUCUGUGCUCAAGGUCAUUGCCCUCCAGGCGGGGGGCUCUGCGGAGCCUGAGGAGGUAGUUCUGGAAGAGCUCCAGGUGUUUAAGGUGCCAACACCCAUCACUGAGAUGGAGAUCUCCGUCAAAAGGCAAAUGCUGUACGUGGGCUCAAGGCUGGGCGUGGCCCGGCUGCGGCUGCACCAGUGUGAGACGUACGGCAGUGCCUGCGCGGAGUGCUGCCUGGCCCGGGACCCCUACUGCGCCUGGGACGGUGCCUCCUGCACCCGCUACCGGCCUGGCACCAGCAAGCGCCGGUUCCGCCGCCAGGACAUCCGGCAUGGCAACCCUGCCCUGCAGUGCCUGGGCCAGAGCCAGGAGGAGGAGACUGCGGGACUCGUGGUGACCAACACUGUCUACGGGACGGAGCACAACAGCACCUUCCUGGAGUGCCUGCCCAAGUCCCCGCAGGCUGCCGUGCGUUGGUUCUUGCAGCGGCCCGGGGACGAGAGGCCUGAGCAGGUGAAGACAGACGAGCGCGUCCUGCAAACAGGGCAGGGGCUGCUGUUCCGCAGGCUCAACCGCCUGGAUGCCGGCACCUAUACUUGCAUGACUCUGGAGCACGGCUUCUCCCAGCUGGUGGUCCGCCUGGCUCUGGAGGUGAUCGUGCCUGCACAGCUGGACAUUCUGUUUCCCCGGGAGCUGAGGCCAGAGGAGCCCACAGCCCGAGGCGGCCCCGCCUCCUCCCCCCACAAGGCCUGGUAUAAGGACAUCAUGCAGCUCAUUGGCUUCGCCAACCUGCCCCGGGUAGAUGAGUACUGUGAGCGAGUGUGGUGCCCCUCCCGCAGCCGCAGCCGUGGCAAACAGGCCAAGGGCAAGAGCUGGGUGGGGCUGGAGCUGGGCAAGAAGGUGAAGAGCCGGGUGCAGGCCGAGCGCAAUCGGACACCCCGGGAGGUAUGA